AUGCCUCAGACGCCCCACCCGCUCUGUCUUAGCAGAGAAUUGUUUGACCCCUCUCUGGCGCACUUGAGGCUACACUACGUAUGUGCCGUGAAGCGUUUCUCCUCUAGAGGGCGCCAUACAUUUUGCGUCAUUUUGCGCUUCAGACAAAGUGACGUCGCAUCCGGAAAGAUGGCCGACAGCGUAACGACAGAAGAAAACAACAAGAGAGCGGAAAUUGAGCGCUCAAAGAGCGAAGGCAGAGAGCUGACAAAAGAGGAGAAACAGCGACUUAGGAAAGAAAAGAAGCAGCAGAAGAAAAACAAAGACAAAAAAGAUGAUGCCCCGAAGAUUGAUACAUGUGCCGUGGCGCCUACGCAAAAAGCUCCUUCCUCAGUGCCUUGCACCGGUGGCGACGCUAGCGUAGCGUCAGACAAGGCGGCGAAAAACAAGGUGGAGGUGAAAGUGGAGAGGAGACCACGACACGAUUCGGAGAGGUCCAAGCAGAGCAAGAAACGCGACGGGAGCCAGCAACAGGUCGCCGCCACCGCCAAACCUAAAGUGCCACCUAGCGAGCUCCAACCUGUGGUCAAGCGUCUUCCCGAACACGUCCAGGUGGACGACCCAGAUGUAAUCAAGAAGCUAGCCAAGAAGCUGGAAAGACAACAGACAAAACGGCACAAUUCAUCUGAAAAGAUCCCACUUCGGUCAGAUUACGGCUACAAAGUUAGUCUCUUUUCACACUUGCACCAGUAUAGUCGCAAAGCCCCUCUGACGCAGCAUGUCAGCAUCCCAUCGUCAGUCAUCCACCCGGCUAUCGUUCGGCUCGGCCUCCAGUAUUCUCAAGGCAUCGUGGCGGGAUCCAACGCCCGCUCCGUGGCGCUGCUGCACGCCUUCAAACAGGUUAUAAGGGACUACAACACACCGCCUAAUGAAGAGCUGCCUAGAGACUUGGUUAACAAAUUGAAACCUUACAUCAGUUUUUUGAACCAAUGUCGCCCUCUGUCGGCCAGUAUGGGUAACGCCAUCAAAUACAUCAAAAAGGAGAUCUCUAACAUUCCAAGUCAUUGCAAGGAAGACGAGGCCAAAAGCAAACUACUACGAUGCAUCGACUGCUACAUCGACGAAAAAAUCGUCCUGGCGGCGAAAGCCGUGGCGGAAAUCGCUAUCGACAAGAUCAGCGACGGCGACGUCAUUCUCGUCUACGGAUGCUCGUCGCUAGUCAACCACAUCCUUUACGAAGCCUUCGCCAAGGGGAGGAAGUUCCGCGUGAUCGUGGUGGACAGCAGGCCGAGGCUGGAGGGUCGCGAGACCCUCAGACGUCUCGUCCGGCGGGGCAUCAGCUGCACUUACGUCCUCAUCACCGUCGUCUCUUACAUUCUUCCAGAAGUGUCAAAGGUGCUCUUGGGCGCCCACGCGUUGCUCGCCAACGGCUACAUGAUGUCCCGUGUGGGCACAUCUCAAGUGGCUCUGGUGGCUAAAGCCUUCAACGUGCCUGUGCUGGUGUGCUGCGAGACCUACAAGUUCUGCGACAGGGUGCAGACCGACUCCUUCGUGUCCAAUGAGCUCGACGAUCCCGACGACCUGAUCGUGACGCGGAAGGGCAAGACGCAGCUAGCGUCGUGGCAGGAAGUGCCCUCACUGGGCCUGCUCAACCUGGUGUACGACGUGACGCCGCCCGACUUCGUGGACGCCGUCAUUACCGAGCUGGGGAUGAUCCCGUGCACGUCGGUGCCCGUGGUGCUACGCGUUAAAAGCGUCGACCAGUAA